AUGUCAGUGCCGGUCGCGGGGAGACGCAAGGGGCUGAGCUCCGCCUCAUCGCCAUCAUCUGCCGCCCUACUCCCUGUGACUCAGGAAGCAGAUGGCCCGUCCUGGUUAAACGACCUGGACGGCGGCACAAUGCCGCCUGCCGCACCCGUGCCCGUCCAGGCGUUGCCCAGCCGCCGACAGUCGUAUUCUAUCAGCGUAUCCUCACCGUCUCCCGUGGCUGCUGUGUCUCCGGCCGUACAAGAAGCUCCAGCGCGCGAGGGCGACCCACUUGCCUUCUUGAAUGAGGUCGAGACACCACCUUCAGCAACUGCCGAUAAGGGCUGGCACAGGAACCGGGCCGCCUUUGGUGGGACGAUCGCUUUGUCGCUGUUGCCAUCCUCACCGGCAGUGCCGGUGCUUUUGCGGGAGGGUGGCGAUGACGCACCCGCAGCCGCGGCGACGAUUUCGGUGGCAGUCGCUUUCCCUUCUGGCGACCGCGCUACCGCCACCAUCGUUGGUGCUGCUGCCUCACAUCGCGCGGAGGAGGAGAGGCAGCAGGCAGAGAAAAUGGCACUCAGUCAACAGCUCUCUGAAGUGGAGCGUCAGUUGAGCGAGGCGUCGCAGAGUGUAGUCGCCCUUCAGAAAGGCGACCAUCCGCUUGCAGUCGACGUGCUCGAAGCGGAGCGUAUGGUGGCUUCCCUCAGGGCUAAGGAGGCUGCGACUCGUCAGCAAAAAGCAGAAGAGGAGGCUGAAAACCGGCACGCGGCUCGCGGAAACGCAGUCGCGAGUGUGCAUGCGGGGGAUGUGGAGGAGGAGAUGUGCGAGUAUCGUGACCAAUGCGUCCAGCGCUUCCAGCAACGUGUGGAGGAUCUCAUGCAGGCUGUGCAGGAGCAGCAGAUGCGUACGGCCAUCCUUCGAGCAGAGUGGGAGACCGCAGUCACACGUGAAACCCAGGAUGACAGUGAGGCCUCCAUGUUUGAAGCCCUGCUGCUUCGCGUGCAGGACGGUGCACGUCAUUUGAAGCGACGCCUGUCGUUACAAUGCAGUCGCGUCGUGGCGGAGAGUUCCCGUGUGUACUUGGCGGCAGCACGGCAGCAGCGACUCGAGAUCUUUGCCCAUGACACGGCAGCCCGUGCACGAAGGCUGGCGGAGCACCGAGCUCGGCGCGAGGAGGAGGCGGCCGCAUUCCACGACAUGUGUCGCCGCACCUUUCAGGAACGCGCAGACUCCGCCUUUGGGGCUACCAAGGUCGCCGUCGAAGCGGCACAUCGCUACCAUGACAACGAGCGUCGUCAGCGUGUUGCAACCUUCCAGUGUCAACUCGCUUCCAUGACAGAGCGAAGCCGCGAGAUGCUCGAGCAGCAGGUGCGCCGCCUACUGGAGCGGGAGUGUGCGAGCAUUCUCGCGCAGCAGGACGCGGCCGCCAAGGAGUGGGCGGCGCGUCAAAAGGAUCUGACGGCGCAGCUCCAGGCAUUUCGCUCGCGUGCGGAGGUGGAGGUCUGCCUGCUGCGCGAAUGCGGCGGAGUGCAUCGUGCCUCCGUCAGGUCGCUGUCACAGACACCGGCGCCACCCGCACCGGCGCAGGAGUCGCUGCGCAGCGACAUGGACCGUGCGGGUGCGCGAAUGAGGCAGCUCGCGCUCGCUUUGCGCAUCAAACACGAGCAGCAGUUGUGCUACUCCGAUGCACGAGGAACCCCCCGCGCUGUCGACUACCUGGGCACUGGUGGUGCGUGCCAUUCGGGGGAGUCGCCCGCGUCUUCGUCUUUUUCAGUGGCGCAAAUCAGUGCGGAAUGGCAGCGCUCCCUCUUCUCACUGCAGCACAGCCGUGAGGCACUGCGGAGCCGCAUAUCUGAUGUCAAGGAGGCGAGCCGUGGCUAUGCCGCACAGCUGCAGCAACGCCGCACGCAGCUGAGUCAGCAGCAGGAAGAUAUCAAGGCCAUUCGCACCGAAUGGGAGCAGGCGGUUCGUGGGCAGCUGUCGAGGAGCCUCACAGCAGCGAGCUCACAGGUGCCUGUCCACGUUGGCCUCACGACCGGCGCUCUCGACAACUUGAGCCGGCGCGUUGGUGUCAUCCUGCGCGCCCAUCAAUCGCUGCGCGCCACUCGGACCACUUUCACAGCGACGCUCAGCACGUGGUCAAAGUCCCUUACUGACUACCGCGUCGACACCGAACGCCUUCUUGCGGACAUUUUUCAGCAGUGCGACCUCCUUCGCGAACGAAAUGUUCAAAUGGAGGUGGACCAGUCAACGUUGCAAUCCUUGCAGGCGCAGGUCGACGUGCUCGAGCAGCACGUUACGGAGGGUGCAAAGCGGCUGGCCCUCCGAAAGCGGUGUGUCGACGCAUUCGCGAAGGACCUUCGUGCAGGUCUGGGUCAGCCGCACACGCUCCCAAACUCGCUCGAUCCUCAACUGUCGCCAGGGAGGCACAAGGAACAAUUAACGCACCUAACGCAAACUCUCGAGGACACCAACCGCACUUCGGCGAUAUCUGAUGCAGCGAGUUCUGCCGGCGCGGCGGCGGUGGUGUCCGAUGCGCACUGGCAGAAGAAGUGUGCAAAGAGAGCGCCUCCGCUCAAAAGGGCAGUGAAGAAAACGUCAUCUUUUGCCCACACAAAGGCGUCCUCUGCGACUCCCUGCUCCCUCGUUACGCGCACAAACCGUUUGCCAAGUCGCUGCGCCAGCGACCACUCCCAGGAAGGUCGGUACGCCGAUACCUACGGCAGCAUGCCAAAGACGGGACUGACCAAGUCUGACGUCGACGCGCUUUGCAGCUGUUCCCUGCACCCUAUUCUUCCCACACCCGAAGGGAACCACCCUUGGGCCGCGGCCGAGAAAUCGGCCUCUCCGUUUUCAUCGGUGUCCGCCUACGUUUCUUCUGCUGUGCAAGACACCUCCGCCGCCGUCGAUGCGGAGGCCGACGAGGAGGAGGGAAGGGGAGAGAGCGAGUUCUCCACCGAUCUUGUGCCCCUCGGGGACGUCCAUGGCAGCUUCUUCGGUACACCGGCCACCUGCACUCGAUGA